CUCCGCUCUGGUCAGCAGUCCACGCCUCCGAGCUGCUACAGUGUUGUUGGAGGAGCCGAACAGGAGCUGCUCUCAUCGAGAAAUACUGUCCUGCUGCAAGUCUUCUCCUCGUGUGCAUUUUCCUGCAUGCCUUUAAAUUGACCUCCACAAACACAUCGAGAGAAUUCCCCCCAACAGUAAUACGUCAGAUGAAAUGAAGUGUGAUAGUAUGGUGUCCAAAAGAAGCUCUAGCUCUCAGAAGACAUCUUCUAGUUCUCUCCACACCAAGACAUCUCACAGGCAAAGAGAGAAGAAUACAGGCAAGGAGAGGAAUCACCACUGCCUGGACUGUGGGAAGAGUUUUACUCAGCAGAGUAUUCUCAGAAUACACCAGCGCAUUCACACAGAAGAGAAACCAUUUCAUUGCUCAGAGUGUGGAGCAAGUUUUAACCAACUGAAUCAUCUCCAAACACACCAACGUAUUCACACAGGAGAGAAACCGUUUCACUGUUCAGACUGUGGGAAGAGCUUUACUACACUUGGUAGUCUCCAAAGACACCAGCGCAUUCAUACAGGAGAGAAACCGUAUCACUGCUUUGAAUGCGGGAAACGUUUUAAUGAUGCAUGUAAUCUUCAACGACACCAGCGGACCCACACAGGAGAGAAACCGUAUUACUGCUCAGAGUGCGGAAGGAGCUUUACUCGACAUAGACAUUUACAAGAACACCAGUACAUCCACACAGGAGAGAAGCCCUUUCACUGCUCAGACUGCGGGAAGAGAUUUAGUCACCUGAGUCCUUUCCGAAUGCAUCAGCGCCUUCACACAGGGCAAAAAUCCUUUCAGUGCUCGGACUGUGGAAAGGGCUUUACUACCAAUGGUAGUCUCCAGAGACACCAGCGCAUUCACACAGGAGAAAAACCGUUUCACUGCUCAGACUGUGGGCGGAGCUUUAAUGAUGCAUGUAAUCUCGAAAGACACCAGUACAUCCAUAGAAACCAAGAGAAACCGUUUCACUGCUCAGAGUGUGGGAAGAGAUUUACUCACCUGAGUCCUUUCCAAAUACACCAGCGCAUUCACACAGGAGAGAAACCGUAUCAGUGCUCAGACUGCGGAAAGAGUUUCAACCACCUGAGUCAUCUCAGAACCCACCAGCGCAUUCACACUGGAGAGAAACCCUUUCGUUGUUCGCACUGUGGUAAGAGUUUUAACGAAAGCAGCAAUCUCCGAAGACACGGCCACAUUCACAGGGGAGAGAAACCGUACCGCUGCUCAGAGUGUGGAGCCAAAUUUGUUACACAGUGUCAUCUUGAAACACACCAGUGCGUUCACACCAGAGAGAAACCGUAUUACUGCUCAGACUGUGGGAAGAGCUUUACCACGCAUGGUAGUUUCCAAAGACACCAGCGCAUCCACACAGGAGAGAAACCGUAUCAGUGCUCUCAGUGUGGGCGGAGCUUCAGGUAUUCACGCACUUUAAAAAUACACCAGCGCAUUCACACUGGAGAGAAACCGUAUCAGUGCUUAGACUGUGGGAAGAGCUUUAAUCGACAGAAUCAUCUCCAAACACACCAGCGCAUUCACACUGGAGAGAAACCGUAUCCCUGCUCAGAGUGUGGAAAGAAUUUUACUACACACAGUAGUCUCCUGAGACACCAACGCAUUCACAAAGAGGAGAAACCGUAUUGCUGUUCAGACUGCGGCAGAAGCUUUUGUACUGGAGACACUCUCCGAAUACACCAGCGCAUCCACACAGGAGAGAAGCCCUUUCACUGCUCAGACUGUGGGAAGAGUUUUAAUCAGCAGAGUCAUUUCAAAGCACAUCAGCGCAUCCACACCGGAGAGAAGCCGUAUCAGUGCUCAGACUGCGGGAAGAGCUUUACUUUAAGGAGUUAUCUCCAGCUACACCAGCGCAUUCACACCGGAGAAAAACCUCAUCGCUGCUCAGAGUGCGGGAGGAGUUUUAAUCAAAUGGGUCAUCUCCAAAUACACCAGCGCAUCCACACCGGAGAGAAACCGUAUUACUGCUCAGACUGUGGGUGGAGCUUCAGGCAUUCCAUUUCUUUAAAAAUACACCAGCGCAUUCACACUGGAGAGAAACUGUUUCAGUGCUCUGACUGUGAAAAGAGUUUUAAUCACCUGAGUCAUCUCAAAACCCACCAGCGCAUUCACACUGGAGAGAAACCGUUUCAUUGUUCAGAUUGUGGAAGGAGCUUUAAUACUAAUGGUAGUCUCCAAAGACACCAGCGCAUUCAUACAGGAGAGAAACCGUAUGUCUGCUCAGAGUUUACUCUCCAAAAACACCAGCGCAUUCACACAGGAGAGAAACCUUUUCAUUGCUCAGAGUGUGGAAAGAGCUUUUGUAAUGCAGAUACUCUCCGAAAGCACCAGCGCAUCCACACAGGAGACAAGCCUUAUCAUUGCCCAGAGUGUGGAAAGAGAUUUACUCAGCAGAGUCAUCUCAAAGCACACCAGCGCAUCCACACAGGUGAGAAACCGUAUCACUGCUCAGAGUGCGGGAAGAUAUUUACUUUAAAGAGUUCUCUCCAACUACAUCAGCGCGUUCACACUGGAGAGAAACCGUAUCACUGUUCAGAGUGCGGGAGGAGUUUUACUAAACUGAGUAAUCUCCAAACACACCAGCGCAUUCACACAGGAGAGAAACCGUAUCACUGUUCAGACUGCGGGAAGAGCUUUCGUCAUGGAGAUACUCUCAGAAUACAUCAGCGCAUUCACACAGGAGAGAAACCAUAUCAGUGUUCAGAGUGUGGAAAGAGAUUUAAUCAACAGUAUCAUUUCAAAGCACAUCAGCGCAUUCACACAGGAGAGAAACCGUAUCAGUGCUCAGACUGUGGAAAGAGCUUUACUGUGAAGAAUGAUCUCCAACAACACCAGCGCAUUCACACUGGAGAGAAACCAUAUCACUGCUCAGAGUGUGGGAGGAGUUUUAGUAAACUGAAUUAUCUCCAAGCCCACCAGCGCAUUCACACGGGAGAGAAACCCUAUCACUGUUCAGACUGUGGGAAGAGCUUUACUACACAUGGUAGUCUCCAAAGACACCAGCGCAUCCACACAGCAGAGAAACCGUAUCGGUGCUCAGAGUGCGGGAAGAGCUUUAAUCAACCGAAUCAUCUCCAGACGCACCAGCGCAUUCACACAGGUGAGAAACCAUAUCUUUGUUCAGACUGUGGGAAGAGGUUUACUUCACAGAGUAAUCUCCAAAGACACCAGCAAAUUCACACAGGAGACAAACCGUAUCAGUGCUCAGAGUGUGGGAAGAGCUUCCGUAAUCCAGAUGAUCUCCGAAAACACCAGCACAUCCACACAGGAGAGAAACUGUAUCGGUGCUCAGAGUGUGGAAAAAUAUUUAACGUAAAAAGUUACCUUCAACUACACGAGCGCAUUCACACAGGAGAGAAACCAUUUUACUGUUCAGACUGUGGACGGAGCUUCAGGCAUUCCGUUUCUUUAAAGCAUCAUAAGUGCACUAUGAAGGAGGGGAGAAGCCACGACAUGUGAAAUUGUGUUAUACAACAAAAAAUGUUUUUUUCAGCAGUUUCUUAAGUUUACAUGACUAUGUAUUUAUGUAUGCAUGUAUAUUUGUAUGUAAGCAGCUGUGAAUAGUUUCUAAGGAGGGUAACUAUUAAUGUUGUAAGAAAAAUAUGAUAUAAUUAUUAUCUUUAAUGACUGGUAAGUAUGUAUGUAUGCAUAUGUGUGAAGAUAUUCAUAAUAGUAGCAUAAUAUUCAAAAUUUCAGUUUUGAUCAAGUGCAUUCAUGACCUCUCAGGCCACUGUCACUGGAGUCUAGAGAUUGGGUGGUUGAUGCCACUGUCCAGCAUAGUUUUUGGAUACUUUAACAAACAGCAAACUAACAACAGCAAUUGCAACAUGGAAAUUACUGUCCUACUACCCUUGACACAAGAAGUAAUGUAAGAGUGAGAGACUACGAUCAGAGAGAAGAUGGAACCAUUGACUGUAUGUAUGAUAUACAUAUUCAUAAACCCUUUUGCAGAUAAAAUGCAAAUAAAAACACAGCAGUGGUUUGCAAAUACA